AUGAUUAAAAAUCCAUUUUAUGAACAGAUUGAUAUUUAUCAUGCAGCUAUUAUUGCUGUUUUACCAGCAAAUACAUCAGAUUUAUUUCGGCAUAUUGUUCAUUCAUUAUUCGUUACACAUACGGAAGCAAAAUUAAAUGUGUUAGGUCAUGUAGUUGAUCGUACUGGAUAUAUGAAUGUUCGGCAUGGUAUAUGGUGUGCUAAUUUAGUACGUCAUUCAAAUUAA